GCUCUUAAUAAUCCUUCAGCUGGUGAUCGUUGAAGAUAUUUAAACCUCGAGGGCAUCCGCGUCAACUCAACCAUCUAUCACUGAAAACAAGACAGACAAGCAUCACAUCUACUUCCUACCGCGCUCAUACUACCUCCACCACAAACAUCCUCUCUACCUUGGAACAUAUACAACAUGCUCUUCAUCUCCACACUAGCAACACUCGCCCUCGCCCUUCCAGCCACAGCAGCACCCCAACCCAUCGCAAAGCGCGAUCUCUCAGAUCUUCCUCUGACCGCUCAAUUGAGACUUGCCGAGACUGCCACCGAGCGCUACAAGCUCCUCCCCAACGACUCCGACUUUGUCUACGACUUCAACAAGGAUGGCGUCGUCGCCACAAACCAGAACUGGCCUGCCCUCACAGGCGUCGGUGCGUCGUUUAGUAUGGGCGCGUUGCCAGCCUGCGGCAUGGCCUUCCUGCACCUGCACCCGCGCGCAACCGAGCUCUUCUCCCUGCACAGCGGCCGCGUCCUGUCCGAGAUGAUCCCGGAAUCCGUCACAGACGCCGACGGCGCCCAGCGCAAAGUCAAGGUCGAAUUGACCGCGGGUAUGGUCACCCUGUACCCGCAGGGCUCGUUCCACACGCAGGUGAACCCCGACUGCGAGCCCGCGAACUUUACGGCUGCUUUCACGGCCGAGGAAUUUUCGGCAGGCCUGGUUGCGGGGCAGCUCUUUGGGUUCUCGGAUGGGGUCCUGGAGAAUACGUUCGGGGGGAGUGUUGAGGGGGAGGAUAUUGAGAGGCUGCGCGGGUCGAUUCCGGAGAGUGCGCUUGUGCUUGUGGAGGAGUGUCUUGCCAAGUGUGGAAAGGAGAAGAGGGCUAUGUAAAUGGCCGCCGUGAGAGAGGUGUGGGUAUUUGGGUUGUGUUUGAUUAUGAAGAUUAGAUUUUUCUGUCGUUUGUUGUACUUGCUGGUUGUCUCAAUAGAGAAAAGGUCUUGUGGUAGCAUGGAUUCUCCUAGUAUAAAACUACG